GUCAAAGGUCCCAUCCCUACCCAAAAGGUCGGUCGUGCCGGUCUAUUACCGAUCUCUCUCUCUCUCUCUCUCUCUCUGUACUUAUCAAAUAUAUGUCUUCUCUUCUCCUUUAAGAGUCACGGCCUCCAUACUCUUGAACUGUUUUGUGUCCAUCCCUUGUAUACACGAGAAAACAAGAUUCAUCCUGCAAUUUCAAGAGGAGUUGCCGAAUACCCUCCUCGUUUCCUUCUCCACCUCCUAUUUUUUGUUUUCAAUAUUGAUACAAUCUUUUCUUCGAAUCAUUUUUAAAGGGAGUUUUUUGAAUUCUUGGAAGAGAUACUACUAGGAAAACAAGCGAUGGGACAAACAGAGAGCAGUACCGAGAAUUUCCAGAAACAACAACAACAACCUCUACAAAAGCAGUUGAUUCCAGGCCUGCCCGAUGAGAUAGCCAUGGAAUGUUUGGUUAGAGUGCCCCACCAAUUCCAUCCCACCAUGAAAUUAGUGAGCCAGAGUUGGCGAUUCUUGAUCAUGCAUCCUUCAUUCUACCAAGGAAGACGCCGUUCCGGCAUGGCUGAGCAUAUGGUUUGCCUUAUUCAACCUGUUCCAUGCUCGCCACCAUCACUAACAGAGUCAUCUGACUCUGAUAUGACAGACUUAUCGAACCGCAACACAACCACCAAGGAAGAGGAGAUUGAUGCAAAGAGCUCUACCUCACGUCUAAUUCAGUAUGGGCUGAGCAUCUACAACGCCACCCACCAGACUUGGCACCGGAUGAUGAUGAGGCCUGGGGGCGGACAUGUGCGAAUUCCCAUGUUCUGCCAGUGCGUGGCACUUCCCGUACCUGGGAAGCUCCUGCUCUUGGGUGGUUGGGACCCUGAUACCUUAGAACCGGUGCCUGAUGUGUAUGUCCUGGAUUUUAUUGGCGGUGUCCGGUGGAGACGCGCAGCCCCCAUGUCAGUGGCGCGCUCUUUCUUCGCCUGUGGAGUCGUAGGACAAUCGAUGGUUUAUGUGGCAGGGGGGCACGACAAUCAGAAGAAUGCUCUGCGAUCGGCAGAGGUGUAUGACGCAGAAGCAGACGAGUGGAGGACGCUGUUGCCCAUGGCAGAGGAGAGGGACGAGUGCCAAGGUCUCUCGUGGGAGGGGGAUUAUCGGUUCUGGGUGGUCAGCGGGUACAGCACGGACAGCCAAGGACGAUUCCGGUCGGACGCAGAGUGCUAUGACCCUGUUAGUGGGUCUUGGUCCAGAAUUGAAGGUGUUUGGCCAUAUCCGAGUGUCAGUCCCAGAGGCCUCACCACCACUGUUACAAUUGAUGAGAAGAGUAACAACGGCAGCCACCACAAUCAAAAUCAAUACCAAUGGUGGUGGUUUCUGGGAAGCCCACAACAGCAUCAAGACAACGGGGGAGUGAAGGAAUUAGACAACAGCAAUAACAUCAUCUGGAAAGUGGUGGAUCACGUCCAGCUUCCCGGCGGAAUUAACGGGACGACAUCACUUUGUGUCAACACUCUUGGGCUCGGUCCAGAUCAAUAUUUCGCAAAUACUCACAAUCAGCAGCUGCAGAGAAUGUUCUUGAUGAGCGGCGGCGGCAGAGGAACAUCUUCAUCGUCAGUGACUUGUGGCGAAUGCGAAUGCGAAUGUGCAGAAGGAACAUACUUUUUUUCCACCAAGUGGUAUCAUGUCCACACGCCUCCCGCAUUUUCUGGCUUCCCCUACUCGGCUUCAUGCCUCAUGGUCUGAAAAUUUCUCUUCGACGUUAGGGGGGGGCCUUUUCAGUUGAACAGUUGCGCCACCACGUUCUUGGGGCUUCUUUGGGUACUCAGUACUCUCUCUUGCUGGGUCAACUUAAAAAUUAUAAUCUGGGCCAGCGCUUCACACACGCUGUCGACUUUCCUCUGUUUUCUAAUUUUUUACGAGCUGCACAUCAUGUUGACUUUCGCUUAAGUUUUAGUUCGUUUAUCGUUUGAAUCAUGGGUGUAUGACGACUUUAGCCAUAUAUAUUGCUGCAAAUGUUUUGUAAUUUGAGUUUCUAGAGCCUAUAUUGGGGUGAA